AUGGCAACAAAAACAGUUAGCCUCGAUAAGCGACAAGCGGUCCCGGCUAUACAGACCGGCAUGGACCGCUACAUCCAGAUUAAGCGCAAGCUUAGUCCACCCAACACGGUUGGCAAUAAACCCAAGAUCAAUCGAACCAACAAAAGCACCGAUCAAACGAGGAGCUCCAAUGAAAACCGAUUCUCCAUCUUAGCAGAGGCGGACAACAACCAACCAGAGUUGGAGCAGGAAACCCAAAGGAAACCUAAGCCCCCCCCUAUUUACGUAAGGGAAAAAAGUUCAAGCACCCUGGUCAACAAAAUUGUUGCGCUGGUCGGGGACGAGAAUUUCUAUGUUGUUCCGCUUAUUAAAGGGAACAUUCACGAAACAAAGGUUCAAACGAAGUCUGAAGAACACUUCCGAGCUGUGUAUAAGUACCUGGAAGACACAAAAAAGAACUUUUACACCUAUCAACUAAAAAACAGCAAGGGACUGCAAGUUGUGCUAAAAGGGACAAAGAUAGAGCCGAAUCAUUUGCCUUACAUCUCAGAGGCGUCUUCCAGCCGAUCCCCGCAGCAGAUGAUUAUGUUCCUCCGCAAAUCCACCUCGAAACUGAAUCCACGCCAACUACAUUUCAGCCGAACGAGAUCACAAAAGUCAUCAGGGAGCUAA